CGAUUUCCAUUACACACUGAUUGCAGUAAAGGUCGAGUCGCCGAAACCAGAUAGAGAGAGAGAGAUCAUCACUAUUAUCUUCCCCCACCAUAAAUUCACACAAACAAACUGUAUCUCCGCUGAAUCUAUUCCAUUCUCUAAUCUGCUUUCUUUAUUCGAUAAAUCUUGGGUCCUAACUCUAACCCCAUUCAGAAAAAUCCUGACUUUGCCAUCCUUCCUUCCUUUCUACCCCUCUCUCAACUCUCCUAUAACUCAAUCUCCAUGUUUACCUGCCUAAUUUUGAUUCUAACGAUUAUCUGAUUACACCCUCUUUUAUUCCCCCCAAUCUUGAGCUUAAUUCUCCUGUUUCGCUUUGUGUUUUGUGCAUUGAAUGAUUAUCGACGAAAAACCCUUGCGUUGAAUUACCUUCCCCCAUCUGCUUCAAUGCAAGCCCUUGAUCUCCAGUGCAAUCCAGCCCUAGAUCCUCGCGCGCCCGAUCCAUUCGCCAUGUCCGACCAUUCCUCCCCAAAUCAUGGCUCCUCUCCAAUCCCCGAAAACGGGGAAACCCGCGCCGAAAAUAUAAUCAAGAGCGAGGCGAAGAAAGAGACCGAUGUCAAGUCUGAUACUGUUAAUGGGAGCAGUAACAGUGUAGCUUUUAGGAGGGAGAGGCCAGCUAGGGCGUGCACGCAGCGUGCGGCGGCGAGGAUGCAGGCCGCGGCCGAGGCGGAGGCUGCGGCGGCGGAGGCUGCUAGGAGGAGAAAGAAUGCACGGAGGAAGGAGAGGCUAGCUGCCAGGUUCUUGAAGGAAGUAUCCAUGGAGGAGGAGGAGAAAGAAGAGGAAGAUGAAGAUGGGUUUGAGGUGGAUACAAAUGGUGGUGUGGAGGAGAAUGGGGAGGGGGGUGAGUCUUCUUUAGCAAUAUCCAGGUUGCAGUACAGUAGAGUGGUUACGCCGCUGCUCGGAGAGCCUGAGCCGUCGCAGCUGCCGCGCUGGGGUAUUCGGUCCAUGUGGCAGUUGGCUUCAAUUCUCAAUUUUUUGAAUGUGUUUAGAGGCUUGUUGAAUAUUAAAGUCGAGUUUUCCGUGGAUGAGUUCGAGACGGCUUUGAUUUCGCCAAAUACUACUUUGGCUGAUAUUCACAUUCCCUUGCUAAAGGCAAUUCCUCCUGUUGCGAGAAUGGCACUUGGGCAUCCUACUUGGAUUACUGUAUUAUGCCGGAAAUUGAAAAAUUGGUGGCAUUGGGUUGCAGAAGGUGAUCUACCUAUAAUUGCAUCACAUGGGACUGAAGUUGAAGCUUACCAUGCACUUGAUCCUGGGGUGAGAGUGGUGAUUCUCAAGGCUUUAUGUGAUAUUCGCGUUGAGCAAGAAGACAUACGGAGCUAUAUAGACGGUUCAAUAAAGCAUGGUAUUCAGCUAUCAACAUUUCGGAAAGAACGACUUGGUGGUGAUUCCCACGGCGUUUCAUAUUGGUUCGAAGAUGAUCCCAUCGUUGGUCAUCGUCUAUAUCGGGAGAUUAGGAAAGUUGAGGUGAAGAAAGGCAAGGGAAGAAAUAUUCCCCCAAUUCCUCAUUCCUCGUAUCAAUGGGAAACAAUUGCCACUAACUUUGAUGAAUUCCUGACCGUUUCUGAAAAGCUCUUUUCAAGUAAGAAUCGAACUGAGGUUUCUGUUGGGAAGAAAUUAAAAAAUGACUUUCUUCCUGAAAUCGAGAAGGUCCAUAAGAAAAAGGAGAAACUUUUAAAGAAGCAACAUCGACAAGCGCUUAUGCUUGAUAACAUGAUGAAUGUUGACGGUCUGGCUACAGGACGGUCUCUCCGCGAUAGAAAACCAGUCACUUAUACUUUUGACGAUUACGACAGAUCAAUAAAUGAGGCUAUCAAGGUUACCAAGAAGAAACAGUCCUCUCCUGAUGUCUUUAAUGGAAGCGAUCCUCUUGUAAAACCUUCGACUUCUGCAAAUGGUAAGUGGGCUGGCCCUUCAGAGCAUUCUCAGCACCUCUCGUUUAGUGCGCCGUCUCCAAACUCGUCCGAGGAUGAUGAUUUAUACGACUAUCAGAAAACCGAGGAUUUGGAUCGCAGCAAUCGUCGUAGGCAGAGGCCACAGCGGUAUUCCGUUGCAGAGUUUGUUGAAGCUGUCUCCGACAACGAUGCAGAUUUCGACAGCGACGACGAUAUAGUCGGUGAAGUUGUUUAUCAUGAAGACUACCUCAGAAGACAGAAAAAGAGGAGGACGAGUAGCAGCUCAGAAGGCGAUGAAGAGUACAACUGGAAAGAAGAAAAUCCCGAAGAAGAGGAAGAGGAAGAGGAAGAAGACGACGACGACGACGAUACAAUGAGUACAAGCGAGGAUAGCGGCGAGCCGCGGCGAUCUAAAACAGUUGCAGGCCGCACGAGGCGGGAAACAAGGUCGAGAUUCGUCAACGAGCUCCAAUCCGGUCUCAGGCGCAGCAAAAGAGCAACUCGAAAUCACAUCAAUUUCAAGCAGUACGACGUGUUUGAAUCAGAUACCGAAUCGAUGAAGCCCGAGAAAUCGAACGAAUCUAGCGAGGAGCACUCUUAUGCAAGCGGUAACGCAGAUUUCUCGACAGGUAGCGAAGAUUCCGAGGAAAAAAACAACGAACCGGAUAUGCUUACCAAUGCACCUACUGAAGAGCAGCUUCCCGACGCAGUAGAUGGAGAGCAAACUGAUCCACCGGAACAAGCCAAUAACGUAGAUCGAGAAGAAGAGGAAGAAAACGUACAAAAACGAGGUUUUCUUGAUCUAAAUGAACUUGCUCCCGGUUCUGGAUUUGACGACGGUCCCUGAACUCUAAAAAAAAAAGUAAGGAUCAAAUUGCCUCCUCUUCCUCGAAAUUUAAGCUUCGUUCGUCAUUGUUGAUUUAGUUUUAUCGAUGUUUUCCAGUGAGCAGCAGCUUUAUGCUGAGAAAAUUAUGUAGGCGUAGGCGACUUUAUGCAGUGUUGGCUUGAUAGCGAAAGAGCUCGAAUGAUAUAUGGGAACUUAUCUUGAAAUGAGUUGUUACUCGACUGGUCGAUUUAUUGUACAAUAACUUGUUAACUGAUACUUGAAAUGGAAGGUUUUGUUUAGAUGAUGA